AUGGGUGAUCUGGCAUUAAUUGAUAUCUUGGCCAAAGUACUUGGAAGAAGAUUGGUAAUAGAACUCUCAAACGAUACUACAGUGGACGGAAUCUUGUUGUCGACUUUGCCUAACUGUUUUCGACUUGGGAAUAGCAAGGUCUACACUCAAUCAGACAGGUCUCCGGUUUGUUGUGUGAAUUGUUUUGUGGAAAAAAAGCGGGUUCGAUUUAUUCACUUCCCGCAAGAUAUUCACUUGUACAAUAUUCAGAAGAAAUUAAUGGAAUGUCCUGGUAUGUAUUGUUUGUUUGUUCAAUUACUAAUACUAUUUUUUAGUCUGA